AUGAACUUGUUGGUCUUUUUCUGGAUGACACUGGCUGCCACUGUGUAUGCAGUGAAAACAGUCAAGCAAGAUGAAUCCGGAUUUGUUGACCAGAACGAGGGCAUCAAAACAGAAAAUCUAAGAACUUGCAACAGCGUCUCUUGUGUAGGCACCGACCAGCAGGGUGAAACGCACAAGUUCCAGAGUCACUCUUCCCCUGGAAUUGGGCACGCUGAUCAACAAGCGGACAGCGUGCGGAACUGGGCGCAUUCAAAAGGUGUGCAGGGGCAGUCUCUGGACAUGAUUGUGACCACCCCCGACCGGAAUGUCAUAACAGACGAGAUGCGCCACGACAGUGAUUUCAGGAACCGUGUGCAGCAAAUCUCUAGCGCAGACGGUAUGACAAACGUCCAGAACGCCGCAAACCAGGAAGCUGUCGACAAAGCCAAAGCCGCCUUCGACCAGCUCGGCGGCCGGCCUGACAAGUUCAAGUCGAUCGAGCGAACCCCCCACGCACUGAACCCGGGCCAUGUUCCGGGGAACGAGCCGGGCAUCCACCGAGUGCGGCCCAACGGCGACAGCGUCGUUGACGGUUUCGUGUACCCGCAGCGGCCGGCCAAACCGGGGGAUCCCGUACAUCAAUGGCAGCGGCCGCCGGGUGACAAUGUCGUCUCGGGCUGGCAACAGGAGAACCCGGGAUCAGGACCAGCGCCGACCGUUGGGGCACAACCAUCCCCGACCACCGAGUCGAGCCGAUCGAUGGGUGGUGGCGGCGAGUCAUGCAGUAUCAGCCUUCAGCGGAGGGGUAUAUUUCAGAGAGGCUGUAGCAAACCCAACGCGAAGAACAAUAACGCGAGGAACAAGAAUGUAAAGAACAAGAAGGCACAGCAUCGCGUCAGAAAGGGCAAAAUAGCUGUCAAGAUGCCCUGGAAGCAGCGCGGAAAACAGCAAACUAAAACUGCUGGGAAAAAGAAUUUGAACCAACAAGCCAAGAAAACCGACAAGCAGCGAUAUAAACAGGGAUCCAAGGGGCCAGGCAAACAAGUGAAUAAGAACUCUGGGAAGAAGAUUGGCAAGGUGCCAGCAAAGAAACCAGGAAAUCAAAGUGCAAAUAGAUCAUCCAAGGCAACCGGCAACCAAAGGGGGAAAGGACCAGCUAAGAGACCUGGGAAGAAGGCUGGGAAGUCACCACUUACGAAAUCAGGGAAGAAGGUUACCAAAAGACCUCCCAACAAGGCAGGUAACCAAAGAGGAAAAGGGCUAGCGAAGCGACCUGGCAAGAAGGCUGGGAAUUCAUCUAAGAAGACCGGCAACCGACAAGGGAAAGGGGCAGCGAAGAGACCAGCGAAGAGACCUGGAAAGAGCACAGGAAAGCCGGCAGGGAAGAAAGCUCCCAAGAUUUCACUCGGAAAAUCCGGCAACUCACGGGGAAAGCAGGGAGCUAAGAGCCCUGGCAAGAAAGCUGGUAAACAGUCAGCAAAGAGGCCCGGUAAGCAAUCGGCCAAGGGCCAAAAGAAGCAAACCCCAAAGAAGAAGCAGCCCAAGAAACAAGCACCAGGGAAAGGAGCAAAGAAACAAGCGGCGAACAAGAAGUCAGCUCCCAAGAAGACAGCGGGGCCUAAGAAGCAACCACCAAAGAAGGCACCGAAGAAGGCAGCAAACAAGAGGCCGGCUCCAAAGAAAGCAGCAGGCUCUAAGAAGUCAGCUCCUAAGAAGGUGACUGGGCCUAAGAAGCAAGCACCGAAAAAGUCAUCAAAAAAGCAAGCACAGAAACAAGCACCAAAGAAAGGAGCAAACAAAAGGCCCACCCCUAAGAAAGCACCUGGACCUAAGAAGCAGGCACCAAAGAAGGCAGCAUCAUCUAAGAGAAUUACUCCCAAGAAAGCAGCACCGAAGAAAUCAGGAGCUCCCAAGAAAGUAGCAGCGCCCAAGAGGACUUCUCCUAAGAAAACAGCACCAAAGAAAGCGGUACCUAAGAAAGCAUCACCUUCCAAGAAAGCAUCACCUCCCAAGAAGGCAGCACCAAAGAAAACAGCACCAAAGAAAACAGCACCAAAGAAAACAGCACCAAAGAAGGUAGUACCAAAGAAAGCGGCACCUAAGAAAGCAGCUCCUCCGAAGAAAGCAGCUCCUAAGAAAGCAGUACCUAAGAAAGCGACCCCUCCGAAGAAAGCAGCAGCUCCUAAGAAGGUGGCACCGAAGAAAGCGGUACCAAAGAAAGCAGCACCGAAGAAAGCAGCAGCACCGAAGAAAGUAGUAGCACCGAAGAAGGCGGCACCGAAGAAAGCAGCGGCAGCUCCAAAGAAAAAGGGCAAAUAG